AUGUCUGAGCAAGGCUCGAGUGAUACAUACGAGGAGAACGAAAGAGUAUUAGUACAUCAUCAGGGAAAGAUAUAUGAGGCAAAGGUAUUAAAGGUUGAACAUACAGAUACAAACAACAAGAGAAAGAGAAAUACAUUGUAUUUAAUACAUUAUCAAGGUUGGAAGGAUAAAUACGAUGAGUGGAUAGACUCUAGCAAGAUGUUAAAGCUAAAUGAAAAGAACAAAGAACUACAACGAAAGCCGUUGUCUUCUUUAAAGAAGAAACCAAACAAUAAUAUUAAUCAACAACAUCAACAACAACAACAACAACAACAACAACAUCAUAGUGAAGAAUCUGAUGAUGGUAGACCAACUCCAACUCCAUCACCUUCCACAGCAGGUACCAGUACUACUACAACUACAUCAACCACAUCAACAUCAUCAACCAAGAGGAAAAGAGUAGAUGCCUCUGUACAAGAGUCACAAAGACUUGACCUAUCACUACCCGAGACACUUCGAAAGACCCUCAUCGACGAUUGGGUAUUCAUAACCAAUGAUAAAUCAUUGGUAGCAUUGCCCAGAAAUCCAACCGUCAGUGAUAUACUCGAUACAUUCCAACAACAACAUCAACACCUGGAACAUGUUAAACAGUUUGCAGAUGGUAUAGAGAGUUACUUUAACAAGGCACUUGGAGUGAUGUUGUUGUACAAGUUUGAACGACCUCAGUUUGGAGAGAUGGUCAAGUUACAUCCAAACAAACCAAUGUCAGAGAUAUAUGGUGCGGAACAUCUGCUUCGAUUGUUUGUUAAAUUGCCAGACCUACUGACACUGACCGAGUUGGAGGACAAGACAUCGGUAGUACUAUCAAAGGCCACCGAAGAAUUGAUCAAGUAUGUGGAAAAGAAUGCAUCUACAUUCUUCCUAAAGGAGUAUGCUCCUGUUACAACAUACUAUUCACGUCUGGCAAACUAA